AUGAAUACCUUUUCAGAAGAACACAAGCCACCUAGAAAAAACGUUGCCGCGGCAGAAAGUGCUUCGCUUUGUGAAACUCCAGAGCAAGAACCUCGAAAACAAACUUUGGUAGAAUGUGGUUAUUCUUUACGCAAUUUCGCCACAAUUCUGUUUGCCAUUAUGAGUGUGACAGGACAAUUAGCUCAAUACAUUUCACUUCCAUUGUGGGUAGACAGCACAUCGCAGUCAACGAUCACAUCUACAGAUCAAACGAAUAAAUGGAAACCAGCAAUGGAUAAUUAUUUUGUAGCGUCGUUUGCUAGUCUUUCGUUCUUAAUCGUGUUUGGCUUUGUUGUGUUGUGCUGUAAAAUUAUUUACCCAAAUUACUUGUCGGUUACAGACUGGAGCUAUCGCUGUUUGCUUCUCGUAGUUGGUUCCAUUCAAGGAUUGAGCGCUCUGCUUGUUGUGUUUUCUUGCAGUGGGGAAAAAACACCUCCUUAUUUGCAGGCAAUUCUUGGAAACUUUAGCAUUCCGAUAACACUGUUGUUUCGGUAAGCAUCGAGUAUUAUGGGUAUUUUGUAUGAGACACUGAGUGUCGACUCCCUCCCUAAACUUCCGGAGCUGGCUUCUUAAGGAUGGUUUUUAACUGUGAAGAAGUCGGAGCCGGAGUUGUAAUCAGAGUUUUAAGAGUGCUAAUGACCUAGCUGGCAAUAGUAAAAGAUAUGGAGUAUUCAGGUGAGUCAUAAGCUUGACAGAAUAAGGAUCGCGAGAAUAAGAAUAUCUCCAUUUUCCUCCGUCAUCUCGACAAUUGACUCCAUCGCUCAAGAUCCAACGGCGUGGUUACCUGUACGCCAGGCUAGAACGCACGUGCUUAUCUGAAAAACAAAAACGAAUGGAAAAACAAACGAAUGAAAGACGAAGAAGGGAAACGAUAGAUCAGGAGAUUGCUAAGCAAAAACAACAACAACAAAGAAAAUCGGCUACAUACCUUCGCCUCAACUGCUUUCAGACAUUUUUCCAAAAAAAUGCAGUAUUUUCUUCGAUUUUGCCACAUGCUAAAGCCGUGAUUGCUACCUGUUGAACAUAAUGCCUGGAGCAGGAGAGAUAAUUACGUCACAACCCCUGAUGAAAAAGGAAAUAUAAUCAAAUUGCUGGCGAGAUAAAAUAUUGGAAAACAAGGUAGACUGGAUUUGGAAAAAUGUGUUUGCCUCUGAAAAAUUCGUAGCUACUCCUUUGUUCCGGAAAACCAGAUUAUAAUGCAAUGCAAUAGUUUUUCUUUUAAAGGGGCUGUGUCACGGCAGUCCAGUUCAUUUUGUUUUAUUUUGCCAAUUACUCGCCCUCAAUCGCUACGGAACUGAAAGUAGGCAAAGAAAUCACAUGUAAAUGACAAAAUCAGAGAUUAGAGACAAACAAAUGUGUCCCCUAAGCAUUAUUUUUGAAGCUGUAAACAGCAGAGAUAAACUUUGAAAAACUGUUAGGCUGAACAGUUUACAAAAACCCUAAUUUCAAUCCGUUUCAGUCUUCUUCAGUUUUGCCCAUCCGUGGCAGCUGUUGUAUCUGUUGUGUUAUUUUAACCUUCCCUUAAUGUUUUAAGCGGUUAUUUUUAUGUUUCUUUUAAUUCAACGAGCAUUUUAUAUAAACUGAUGAUUCUGUGGCCCUCUACAAAAUAAAUAAAAAAAAGAAUCUACGGUAGAAGUCACAGUUAGAUUGUUCAGGACUCACAAGCAAAAUCAGAAGAAUAAACCAUCGCUUGUUCAAACGCUUCGUGAUUGGUUUGGUUCUUUGGCUUCUGUUUCGCCUGCGAGCAAGCUCUCCGGGGCGCUCUGUUGCGGGGUCGUGAGAAGGCUACGUCUUUGCAAUUUGAAUAUCUGCAUCAAAAUCGAUGCGGAAUGCUGAUUGACGGAGAUGACAUUGGUAAUGACGUCAUUACCCUUUGCACGUGUUUUUCAAUGUUUGUUUACAUUCGCGCUCGUUUCAUCUUCGCGCUGAUUGGCGGAAAUCUGACAGCUCAGACGACGGGGAGCCCCAGUGGAAUUGGAGUUGGAAUCCAAAUUCCAGAGGCGAAGUAGCAAGCUCUCCUCCCGUUUUAAUUUCCCGCCCCGCCGACAGAGCGCCCCGGAGGGCUUGCUCGCAGGCUAGCUUCUGUUUGACGGAGCUGUGUCAUGAAUUUAUCAAAAUUCUGUCAAUUCUAACAGUGAGAACUUCCCCCAAAUUGAGUCGAACAUAAAAAUAACUGAUCAAAAUAUUAUAAGAAGGCGUAAAUAACCGAGCAAAAUAAAACGAACGGGGCACGGUUGGACAAACUUUCACCCAACAAGAUUAAAACGGGUUGCAAUUGUGGGUUUUUGAAAACCUGUUAGCCGAACUUUGUGAGUGUGGUGUGAAAACCACCAACAAGCUAAAUCAUUGUUUGUUGUAUUAUGUAAUCAAUUGCUGGAUAUUUUUCUGUUUACGGUAUCAGCUUAUGGGAGCCGGAAGGUGGUGGUGAGAGGUCAGUGUUGAAUACCCAGGAAAAGCUGAUCUAACUGAAGUGAUGCCAUCAUGCAAAAGACAGGCAAUUUUCUUGUUCUUUAUCGGUGUCUCACUUCGUUCUUUUGACGAUAUGCAACAGUUUGUUAAAAUUUUACUUAUUUCGAUAUUUAGCGAUUUUCUGGGCUCUCCUACCUCUAACCAUUAUCAUUUCUUUUUUCCAGAUUUCUUCUUUUAAAGAAGAUUCCCACGAGAAGAAAGCUUAUAUCUGCUGCUAUUAUUGUCCUGGGUCUUUUCAUUUGUCUCAUCCCAACAAUGUUUCCAUGGAUAGACCCCGAGGCCUCAACAAGGCAUGAUUUGGGAGGGGAGACUGGACUGGCUAGAGUCCUCUGGCCUGUAACUUUCAUGGUUGGACUUGUAAGUAAAACACUUUGAAGAAUUAUUUCUGGAAUAAGCAGUACUUCAUUAUAAUCCAUCGAGAGGUCUUUGGAGACGCUUUCAUGAAUAAGUAAACAAACUAAUAACUAAACAAAUACAAAUAAAUAAAUCAUAUAUAUGCAAAUUAAAGGGGGCGAUGAUUCUCCUCACACCAUUCCUGACUGAAUAACAAUUACUGGAAUUUGGAAAUGUUGGUUUGGAGGAGAGGGGAAACCGGAGCACCCUGAGAAAGCCUUUUGAAGCAAGGGUCGGAACCAAAACAAACACAGCCCACAUGAAACCAGGGCACGGUAGGAAUUCUUUUACAUGUACCUAUACAGUACCACCCUUACACUCCUUUCACGAUUAUUUUGCCAGUUAGAGGGGGUCAUUGACAGUUAUACUUUUACUUUUCUUUUUGGUUAGUGUAAUUGGAUUGGUUUCCCUUAGGCUUCCUCACCUUUAGCUUUUAAAUAUUUAGAACUUCUAGUUUUUGUACAUCCUUCAAAAAUGGCAAACCAAUAAACUGAACCGAAGAUAUCUAUUACAGUUACUCGAACCGGGGCACUUGGAAGAAGAUUGUCCAAUCACAACGAUUUCUAAAGCAAAAGAUUCUCUAGUUUUUUUUCAAACAGACCAAUAAGAAUCAUAAAUUUGAGGGUUGUUUCCUGAGAGGUCAGGUAAGUUCAAACGGUUUCAAAGUUUUCAAUGCAACGGCUGUAUAGUUGAAUCUUGAAUUUUAUUGGACCAUUUGCAAAAAAAAAAACUUGAGAAUCUUUAAAUCAAAAAUCUUAGGGAUAUCAAGGGAUUAGAAAAUCUUCUUCCAAGUGGCCCGGUUUGAGUAGUCACACUGCUAUAAAUGUAUUUUGCUGUUGCUGUUUUGUUUUUCCUUUGAAGGGAAUUUCAGCUACCUCCUUUAUUGUUGAAGAGAAAGCUGUUAAAAUGAGAGGAAAUGUUGGCCACAAUAUUUAUUCUCAAGCUAGCUUAUUGUCUGUUUUGUUCUGGACCUCAUUAUCACAAUUUCUUGCUUUGUUGCUACUAUUCUGGACUGACAUUAUUCCUGGCUUUGGACAUACAAACAGCAUACAUGAAUUCAUUGGGAAGUAAGUGCUACUUUAUAUAACCAAAAUAAUAGCUGCAAUCCUUGUAGCGUCGCGAAAUAUCGGCUGUUUUCUUAGGCUACAACUUUUCGACGCCAUCUCGAAGAGCAGGCAAACGUGUGAGAAAUUACAGUGCUUGUAUGAGAAUCUAAUGUCGAAUAAUUUCCUUAGAACCGCUGUUCUGAAAAAAAUAUGAAUUGUAAACUUAUCCUUCACUCCUGAGGAUUCUACUGAAAAAUAUUGAGGGCGUUACAUGCGCUAGAAGACCUAGAACCACUUUUUAAAAUUUUCUAUACAUUUGUCUAUAAGAAAGUCCCAGGAAAAAUUUUAGACAAAUAUAUGGAAAAUCUAAAGCAAGCCUACGGAGAAAUUUAAGCACCGGUACGCCCCAAACGUUUUUUAGUACAAUCCUUUGUUUUGUAGCUUUAGUUGACAAGUCAUAUUUUUUUUCAGAACAGCCGUUUUACGGAAAUUAUGUUUAUCACCGCGGUUUGCAUUUUGUUUCUUCUUAAGCCCAGAUUGCCAAAAAAUAAGAGUAUUUGCGAUCUACUUCUUUUCAUUGUUUUCUAUCACCUUAUUUAAUACUUUAUAGCUGGACUUUUGGAUUCCAGUGUGUGUUUGGAGGAGCAGGUUGUUCCCAAUGGCCAGGUGGACUCGCAUUUCUGUUUAUCUCGGGUUACAUCAUGAAAGUCUGUGGCUCAGCUCUGCUUCUGCGCUACUCCGAGGGAGCAACCUUGUUAGCUAUUGUGUUGGUGAGAGUACUUUACUCAUGUUAUUUUAGGCUAGCCAUAAUGCAAUACAUUGUUGUACGUGUACUAUAUCUUGAGCAAUCAACGUGGCUUUAA